CCAAACCUACAACCCGCCAUGCCUCUCGGCUUCGAGCGCAUCAACGAGCGUACUCAGCGCCCGAACGCUCUCAUCAACUUCAUCAAACCACUCCCUGGCCCGACCGCCGAAACCGCUGCGCUCUUCCUCUCUCGCGUCGCCGCAAUCUGUUACCCUUUCAUGAAAACCAACCGCAUCCUCGUACAAGCCCUCGAAGAAUUCCCGCCAAACAAUGAGUUCGUUGGCCGCAACUUCAACGCCGGCGAGGUGAUCCAGCUGGUGCUGAAGGACAGGCAGGGGCGAUGGCUGAGUCUCCGAUAUGUGGAGAUGGUCAUGGUCCACGAGCUGGCGCAUUGUAAGGAGAUGAACCAUUCAAAGGCAUUUUGGAAGGUUAGAGAUGCGUAUGCAGUGGAUUUAAGAGGACUAUGGGGGAGAGGUUACACGGGGGAGGGCAUGUGGGGUCCAGGUAGACAUUUGUUGGACGGGGAGAUUGAGAAUGCCGGCGGAGAGGAGAGGGAUGUGCCGGAACAUUUGUGUGGCGGCACGUAUGGCAGGAGAAAGAAGAGAGGCCGUGCCAAGAAAGAGAAGGAGAAGGUCAGUUAUGCAGAGAGGAAACAAAGGAGGAUCUUGAAGAAGUUUGGCGAAGGGGGCAAAGCGUUGGGAGAUGAUGAGGGAACGAGAGUGAAACUAGAGGGAGGCGUAGCCAGAAAGGGCAAGCCGAGGGUAGCUGGCAGUGCUAGAGGCAGGGAAUUGAGAGCUGCUGCUGCUCUAGCAAGGUUCGAGCCUGUCAAGAAGGAGGAGAUCAAAGAAGACGUCUCUAUUAAGAUUGAGGAUUCGGACAGCGAUACAGAGGAUGAGUAUGAUGACGUGGACAACGCACACGCUGCUGUAGACGUGGAUGGAACCAAGAUGACGGAUGAAAAGGGCCAUAGCUUGGUCAAGAUAUGCGAAGGAGAGGAUGACGACGAUGGCGAUGCACGACGCGAGAUGGACGAGCUUCACGAUAUGAGCGACCGUAAGAGCGCUUCGAAAGAAUCAAAUUUCUCGUCGGAGCGUCGGGCGCCUAUGAAGCCAACGUCGAAGACAUCUGGUAUCACCAAAAGCGAUGGUAAAGGAAGCCGGCUACAGCCUCGAAAUCCUGCUACUCCGUCACCAAACCCUCAAAAACUCGAAUGUCCAAUCUGCUCUCUUGCUAACGACAGCGCCGCCCUCACUUGUGUCGUCUGCUCCAACGUCCUAAACACCAGCCUCGUUACGGAUCAUUGGCGAUGCCAAAGUAAUGCCUGCCAAGGUAGCAGGUUCAUCAACGCUGGAGACGCUGGUAUGUGUGGAGCGUGUGGGUCAGCGAGGAGAGUUUGAGUUUGGCCCAAGUGCAUGUAGCGAUGUCAGGUCCUCCACUCGUGGUGAAUUUUCUGUACAUGACAGCGUUUUUAUUUCAAAACGAUACCCCUUUAGUUUUAUUUCCCAUCUCAGCGAUCUACUUUGUACCAGGAUUCUACCACGCCUCACGCUCGAGAUUGCUGGCCUUGGGCGGGGAGCAGUUUGCGUCCGGCGAUCAACAUUGUUGAGGUGCCAAAGAGCACACAUUGAAUGGUAUCUAUAAAUCAAGUCCUGGUGUCUACAUGUAGCGAACACAUGUUUACAACUGCAACUCUCGUGCAAUCCGUCUCUUCGCAGCCGCCUCCACCUCGCCCGAAUUAUCCUUGAACACUAUAUCCAUCUGCUCAAGCGUCAUUCCAGACGUUUCAGG